AUGUUUCCAAAGAAACAGCCCCUGACCAAGAAACAAAGGAAACAGCUGCAUAAAGUCCUGGAGGUCAAAGAGAAGAAAGCCAAGGUAACAUGCUACAUCUGCCUUCUCCGAGCCAGACCAGCCCAGUUUCAGUUGAAGUAUAAUUAUGAGCUGUGUCAUUCUGCCCAUAAAACACAAACUCCGCUAUUCAUCAUCAUCUCCCUCCUUUGAUCCCCAGAGAGCAGACAUCCUGACCAAGCUGGCCGAGGUGCAGCUGCCUGACUGA